CGCCGCGCGCCGCCUCUGCAGCAUGCACCGCGCCGCCGUUACUCUCUCUUCGAUUCAUUCAUUCUACUGUACCGGUCGCAGGCUCGCAUGGACUCCUCCCAGUCCCCGCCGCUUCACAUCGCCGUCUUCCCGUGGCUCGCGUUCGGCCACCUGCUCCCCAACCUGGAGCUCGCCGAGCGCCUGGCCGCGCGAGGUCACCGCGUGUCCUUCGUCUCCACCCCGCGCAUCAUCAGCCGGCUCCGCCCGGUCCCGCUCGCGCUGGCGCCGCUCAUCGACUUCGUGGCGCUGCCGCUGCCGCGCGUCGACGGCCUCCCCGACGGCGCGGAGGCCACCAGCGACAUCCCGCCCGGCAAGACCGACCUCCACCUCAAGGCCCUGGACGGCCUCGCCGCGCCCUUCGCAGCUUUCCUCGACGCCGCCUGCGCCGACGGGAGCACCAACAAGGUGGACUGGCUCUUCGUCGACAGCUUCCAGUACUGGGCCGCCGCCGCUGCGGCGGACCGCAAGAUACCCUGCGCGCUGAUCCUGCCAUUCGCAUCGUCCACGUUAGCGGAGUUCGGUGUGCCGCGCCUUGAGCCGCCCGUGGAAGGCUCGACCGCCUCCAUACUUCAGCGAUUUGUACUGACCUUCGAGAAAUGCCAGCUUGUCAUUCAUCGCGCCUGCUCCGAGCUGGAGCCAGAGCACACGCCUCUCCUGCCAGGCAUCUUCGGCAAGCCGGUGAUCCAGUACGGCCUGGUCCCGCCGUGUCCCCCCGCACAAGGCCACAUCGAGCACGACAACGCAGCCCUGUCGUGGCUCGACAAGCAGCAGCCCGAGUCUGUCCUGUUCAUUGCUCUGGGAAGCGAGCCUCCGGUGACCGUCGAACAGCUGCACGAGAUCGCGCUUGGGCUGGAGCUCGCCGGGACGACAUUCCUCUGGGCUCUGAAGAAGCCUAACGGCCUCCUCCUCGAGGCGGACGGCGACAUCCUGCCCCCAGGUUUCGAGGAGCGGACGCGUGACCGUGGGCUCGUGGCCAUGGGCUGGGUUCCUCAGCUCAGCAUACUGGCUCACAGCUCCGUGGGCGCGUUCCUGACGCACGGCGGAUGGAGCUCCACCAUUGAAGGGGCUAUGUCCGGGCAUCCCAUGGUCUUCCUGACGUUCUUAGAUGAACAGAGGAUAAACGCGCAACUGAUCGAGAGGAAGAAGGCCGGGUUGCGAGUGCCAAGGUGUGAGAAGGACGGCUCGUACGAUCGCCAAGGCAUCGCCGGAGCGAUCCGGGCUGUCAUGUGCGAGGAAGAAAGUAAGAGCGUCUUCGCGGCUAAUGCCAAGAAGAUGCAGGAGAUUAUCAACGACAGGAAGUGCCAGGAGAGGUACAUUGACGAGCUUAUCCAGCGUCUGAGAUCCUUCGAGAAGUGAAAGAAGCUUGUGCAGAUGUAAGAGACCGGUUUACAGUUAUACGCUUCGCGGUUGAUGGCUCGGUGCAACCAUGUACAACAUAUAGCAUUCCUGAAAUAAUUCUCGACUUCGAAGUUUGUAUUUGCUUCAAAUGUAUCCACGUUUGCCCAAUUAUUAAUAUCAUAACAAGAAGACGCUGCUAUCACAGUAGUUCAUUUUGAUC